AUGCGGAUGCCCGCCAACGCGAACGCCGUCGCCGUCGCCGUCACCGUCACAGCCGACAACCGGCCGGCCGCCGCUACUGCUGCUGCUGCUGCUUCUUCCGAGACUCUCCAGCCUGCUCCCGCUCCCGCUGCUGCUGCUCCUCCUCCUCCUCCUCCUCCUCCACCACCUGUUCCUUCUCUUCCUCCUAUUUCCCUUCCUCCUCUUCCUCUUCCCCCUCCGUCGGUCCCGUCCAUGUCGUUGUCGCUGGCUCGCCCGUCGCGCCAUGACGCCGCCCUUGCUGCCGGCCGCCUCGAACCUUAUUCCUUCGCCGUCAACCAUCCGCCGCCGCAAACCUACUACCGCCGCUUGGCUGCCGCUCCAGCUCCGGCUCCGGCCCCAGCUUUGUCUUCGGCUUCAUUGCCGGCUCCUCCUGCUGCUGCAGCCUCCCGUCAUGACGCGCUCAUGUUUCCCCCCUCGCCGUCGCCGACGCCCUCGCAUCCCACCACCUUCGGUACCCUCAGCAGCAACCACGACAGAAAUCACAGUAAUUCAAGCUUCAUCAGCAGCACCAGCCAUGGCUAUGCCACACCAACCCCGCGUUCCGACCCGAAGCCUAGCCGCUGUUCCGUCAUGGACCUACAGAACGUGCUGUGCGACCCGGAUGACGAUGUGAACAUGUCCUCGUCGCGCUCAAGUCACCCGCCCACGCCCCCCCAUCUUGCUGAUGUACUGAACCCUCCCGUCCCAACUUCCAUUCCUGCUUCUCCGACGCCGGAUCCAUUGGAGGCGCCGACCUUUGUGGCCCGUCCAAAUCCCUCUCACGUCGUUAUGACCACUAGGCCUCAGUUGCAGACCUCCCAAAUCCAGCACACGGAACCUGGCUGCAAGACCUGUCAGAUCCGCAAGAUGCCUUGUGAUGAGGGGCGUCCCUCAUGCCAGAACUGCUCACGCAUGGGCAUCCAUUGCUUGGGCUACUUCUCUCCGAGUCAUGCCAGCGCCCAACAGGCGUCGGACCGUUCCGUACCCAGCGUUAGUGCCAACGCCAGACGCCAGGAUCAGGAAGAGUAUCUCUUCUUUCUCCUUGAUCAUUACCGGCACACAAAGCGCCACUGCAUGUGGGAGCUCAUCACUCUCGACUUCAAUGAGCAUUUUUCUUGCAAUAUGCGUAAGGAGGCUCUGCAGAUGAUCAAACGCCGAAGAUUCAAAGACAAAGAUACUCGGGAGGCUUCACCAAACGAUGCUUUGGGGAAUGCGCAACGUCCCAAAGUCAAGAGGGGACGGCGACCAAGAUCAAGCGCCCCCUCUCUCCAGUCAAAGGAGGAUGGUCCCGGCAACGAGUCGGCCACUGGGUGA